AUGUUCAUCUGCCUGUUCAUAUUGUUGGUCACUGGCGUGAACACUUCCUCUCCUAAUCUGCCUCGUGCUGGAGGCUCCAAGGCGGGGCUGGGAUGGGGAGGCGGUGGCGAAAUAUCCCAGUUUGAGGCGGGAAAGGUCUCCUGGUACUAUACAUGGUCGCCUACUUCAUGGGUCCAGCCACCUCCAAACCUCGAGUUUGUCCCAAUGUUAUGGGGAGGAAAGGACGCCUCCACUUUUGCCAAGGCUGUUACACCCGAUUCUAUAGCCGCAAACGGGUGGACACAUAUUCUAGGGAUGAAUGAGCCUCAAGAAGAAUCCCAGUCGAAUAUGAGUCCAGGUGACGCUGCCAAUAUGUGGAAGACCUACCUCGAGCCUCUCAGAGCCAAGAAUCCAAACCUACGCCUGGGAUCUCCAGCGCCGUCCAGCCGUCCUAACGGAAUACAGUGGAUUCACGAUUUCAUCGGUAACUGCAACGUUAAUGGGGGGUGCACCGUUGAUUUCAUCGCUUUGCACUAUUACGGUGUCAACUCAACUCAGUUUAUUCAGCAUAUAAAUGACUAUCACAAUGCAUUUCAACGACCAAUCUGGGUUACCGAAUGGGCCUGCCAAGACUUCAACAACGGUCCACAAUGCUCGUACAACCAGAUAGUCGAGUUCUUGGACGAGACUCAAACAUAUAUGGAUAACACCGAUUGGGUCGAACGAUAUGCAUGGUUUGGAGCGAUGGCCAAGACUCCGAUAAAUAAAGAUACUGGACUCAUGGACUCUUCAGGGGAGAUUACUGAUCUUGGGAAGCAGUAUAUGGGUUCUCAGGCACCUAUGACGCACAGUGGAGUGAUAAGAUUAGAGUUCCCAUUCGGUCUACUCUUCAUGUCUACGCUCUUUGCGAUUAUGACCGUCUGA